AUGUCGUACGGCGAUAACCGCGUCAAGUUUGCGCUCUUUGGCCUCGGCCGCCUGGGUGUUCUCCGAGCCCGCAUUCUCGCCUUCCAGCAGCCUCGGAUUGAACUCGUUACUGUCUGCGAUACAAAGCCAGGUACCGACAAGUGGGCCGCAGAGAACCUGCCUCCGUCUGUCAAGUACUUUUCUGAUCCCCAGGAAUGCUUGAAAAAUGGCGGCGCUGAAGCAGUACUCAUCUGCACGGCGACAGCUACACACGCGCCUCUGAUUCUGCAGGCCCUUGAUCUCAACUUGCAUGUCAUGUGCGAGAAGCCUGUCUCGGUGGAUAUUGCGACUACCAAGGCAGUGGUUGAGAAGUCUGCUUCAAGACCUGAUCUCAAGUUCCUUGUUCCCUUUACUCGACGAUAUGACAAGUCCUACCGCCAGGCUCGGGCUCUCAUUGACAACGGCGACUUGGGCGAAAUCCAUGCUGUUGAAACAACCGGCAUUGAUCAAGCAGACCCCAAUGCCUUCUUCGUGGCCUUUUCCGAACAAUCUGGCGGUAUCUUCCUUGAUUUCGGCAUCCAUACCGUCGAUGCCGGAAGAUACCUCUUGGAUGUCAAGUCCGGCCUUUCCAACCCCAAGAAGCAAGUCAACAGAGUCAUCGCCUUCGGCCAGCAAGCCGUCUACGGGGACUUGGCCAAGUACGGCGAUGCCGACAACGCAUGGGGCCUUGUUGAAUAUGCCAAUGGCAAGAUUUUCAAGACCUACCUUGGUCGCACACUGACCAGCGGAUUUGAGGACACAACUCGACUGUGUGGCACCAAGGGACAUUCGAUCAUCAGUGCCAACUCGAACGUUGAGAUUCGCGACCAUCUUGGUAUCCGCACGCAAUCUGUUCCUGAUGCUUUCACUCUCUUCGACGCUACGUUCCUGACUGACCUGGCUGAGUUUGCUGAUGCAGUGCUUGAUAACAAGCCCAUGACUUGCCAGCCGGAAGACGCAUUUGAGGCUGGUAAGAUUUGCGCUGCUCUGCAGUACUCAUUCCGCAAGGGGGUGCCUGUAUACUUUGAUGAUGAGGGCCUUCCUAUCAUGGAAUGA